AUGCUGUGCACGGAGCUGGUUAGGGGGAAGGGAAGGGAAGAAGCAUGCAACAAGAAGAGCCCACCUCACCGGCAAACUCACCGCCCUCACUUGCCGUCCUCACUUGCCGUCCUCACUUGCCGUCCUCACUUGCCGUCCUCACUUGCCUUUUGCUGUUGCUUCCUUGCUCUUACGCUCCCCCCUCCUGCUCCCCUCACUCCUCUCCUCGCUGCUGCUGCUCCUGCCCCUCCUCCCACCUCUGCCCUUCCUCUCCCUGCUCCUGCUACCCCUCCCCCUGCUUCUGCUCCUGCUACCCCCCCCCCUGCUUCUGCUCCUGCUUCUCCUCUCCCUGCUCCUACUCCUGCCCCUCCGCUCCCUGCUCCUGCUUCUGCCCCUCCGCUCCCUGCUCCUGCUCCUGCUUCUGCUUCGCCUUCUCCUCACCCUCUCCCUGCUCCUGCUCCUGCUGCUACUCCUGCUUCUCCUUCUCCUCCUCUCCCUGCUCCUGCUUCUGUUUCUGCUGCGCCUACUCCUUCCCCUCCUCCCCUCCCUUCCGUUGCUCCCGCUGCUCGUGCUCCUGCUCCUCUCCCUGCUCCUCUCCCUGCUCCUCUCUCUGCUCCUCCUUCUGCUCCUCUCUCUGCUCCUCUUUCUGCUCCUCUCUCUGCUCCUCUCUCUGCUCCUCUCUCUGCUCGUGCUUCUGCUUCUGCUCCUGCUGCUGCUCCGCCUUCUCCUAACCCUCUCCCUACUCCUGCUUCGCUCCUUCCGCCUCUCCAGGUCCUUCCGCUCCGCGCUCCUCCCCCCAUCUCCUCCCCUAUCCGCCCGCCUGUCCGCGUUUCCCCCAUCGCUUCCGCCCUUCCGCAGCUUGUCGCGCACACUCGCCACGCGCGCUUCCGCCAGUCCCUCCUGUAG